AUGCGAUUUCUAACCUCUAUCUUCAUCGCCGUUCUAGCGUCUGGCGCAAUAACAAAUGCAUCCACCAUCGCAAGAUGCAAAAGCGACACUUCCACGGUCGCCGCCAACGACAAUGCCACCAAGAAGGCAUGCGGCGCAUACAAAAAUAACGGCUGCCCCAAUUGCGCCUUCGUAAACAACGACGGUGCAUUUUGCGAGAAUACUAGGGGGGAUAUUGUUGCCGACGACUGGGACGCGCUUUGCAAACUUAAUGGUUCUACUGGGUCAGAAGUUCACAAUGAACUUUGA